AAAUACCCGUUGAUAACCAUUUGAAAUCCAGUAAAAACAUGGCGGAGCCCGGUGCUUCUCAGAUUCAGUUGCCCACAGCUUUUUAUUAUUUAAACGAUGAUUUUUUGUGUGAAAAUACACCUGUGCAUCUAAUUCAAAACGAACUAGAGAAUGCACCGAGUGGCAAAGAUGAUUGCAGACCGGCCACGCCCCUGUACAUUUACAGUCAAGCGCAACUGCAUCGCAAUAUCCAAGGAUAUAAAAAUGCGAUUCAAUCAGCUAAAAUGCUCGAUCGAAUACACAUUUUUUACGCCGUAAAGGCAAAUGCAAAUCUCCAUUUGAUGGAGUUGGUGCGGAAACAAAAUUGCGGAGCUGUUACUGUGUCCGGCUACGAAUUGCAAGCAGCUUUGAAUAGCGGAUUUGUUCCAGAAAUGAUUCUCCUAAACGGCAACGGCAAACAAAUCUGGGAGAUCCGCUUGGCUCUGAAAAACGGUUGCAUGCUAAACGUAGAUUCGCUUUUUGAUGCUGAAAAUAUUAUUAGCGUCGCUCGUGAAUUACAGAAGCCAGCCAAAGUGUUGAUUCGGGUUAAUCCGGGACUAGAACAGUCCAGUACACCUGUCCAUUCUUACCUGAGCACCGCAUUAAAGAACAGCAAAUUCGGAAUUCCUUUGCAUCAAUUCGAUCAGAUUUUGGAACUUUUGAAAGCCGAGCGUUUCAUUCAAUUGGUCGGACUCCAUUGCCAUGUUGGAAGCACCAUCCGUGACGCUGCAGUUUACACCACCGUGACCCGAAUACUUUUGGACAUCCGCCAAAAAUUGAUAACCCAAGGAUGUAAUAACUUAAAAUACCUGGAUAUCGGCGGUGGUUUGGGCAUUGAUUACUAUCACGGGACUAGCGAAGGACAAUCACCAUUGUCAUCGACAGGUGAUCUCAUUCAAGCUAUCACUUCGUUGUUACCUCUGGACGUGGAAGUGAUAAUUGAACCUGGAAGAUCGAUUGUUGGAAACACAGGUAUUUUGGUGACCAAAAUCCUUGGAAUUAAGAAGAGCCCCGACGGUGGCAAACAGUUUGUGGUUGUUGAUGCUGCCAUGAAUGAUCUAAUACGUCCCAGUUUUUACCAGGCGUAUCAUCACGUUUUACCAGUCCGCAAAACUGAUUCCUCCGAAGGCAUUUAUGAUAUCGUCGGGCCGGUGUGCGAGUCUGGCGAUUUUUUGGCCGUCGAUCGCCGUCUGACACAACAGCCUGUCAAGGGCGAACUGUUGGCUAUAAUGGACGUAGGAGCUUACGGGAUAGCCAUGGCCUCUAAUUACAAUAUGAGAGGACGGGCCAUGGAAGUGAUGGUCGAUGGUAACAAGUGGAAGAUAAUUCGCCGCCGAGAAAAUUUUGAAUCCCUUGUCCAGACGAUGAUUGAUGGCGUAUAAUGUCCAAUCGAUUUUAAAACCUGGAAAAUGAAGUGAAAUUAAACGGUCAGCUAACACUA